AUGCAACGAUCUCAACGAAUAAUAAAUGCACCGAACAAAUUCUCACCUUCUCAACCGCAUUUGUAUAGCCAGGAGAAUUAUUUACUUCGUUUCGAAGAUAACAAUGAAUUGCUCAUCGUGAAACGUUCAAGUAUCAAUUCGAUCGUUGAUGAUAGAGCGAUUCUUGGAACUCGUGCGAAACGUCGAUACGCAGUGAUCGAAGCCAAAGGUUCAUACAGUCAAUGUAACGAUAUGUAUGAACAAAUGCAGUCAAUGGAGAAGACAACUAUCGAUGAUGGCAGAGAUGAGAUUGAUGAUCGUCAAAGCGAUGUGCAAAGCGAUGAUGACUUGAAUGACAGUGAUGCUCGGAACGAUAUGCCAAGUACAUUGCUUCUAUUUUUUUCAUCAACUAGUGAUAAUACUUGUUUUUUAUUUCUUUUCCUCAGAGCAAUCACUAUCAACAGUGAGAAAAAGGAAGUUGUCCGCAUCUGUUGUACAACAAAAAGGACGUUAUAUGAUACCUACCCAGGACGAACGUUCCGGCCUCCGGAUCCAACCGGAUCCACCAGGAAAGCACCCCUUUUCCGGCUCAUUCCGGCCAGUUCUGACCAUAUCCAACAGAUUCCCGACGGAAAACCACCGCCCAAUAAAACCGCCCAAUCCCGCCAUAAACCUACGGAAACCAAAGAAAAUGCCAAUCUGCCAAAAUUUGCCCGAAUCUUUCCGAAAAAAACCACACUAUUCCGGCAACAGUACACGUAUACGACAGUUUCCGAAAGCCGAACUCCGCCAAUAACCAACCGGAACCCAUGUAAACCCAGGAAACGUAAACCACCGGGAGAACCCAUAAACCCCCAAUUCCCAUCAUUUCCAUCGUUCUUUCACCACCAAUACCCAAUUCCUGCCAUUAAAAUCACAUACAAAACACCAUACUACGCCACGGUCUUACCCAACAACUCAUCCCAAACACCAAAGGCGACACAGAACUCCACCCACAAGCCACUUAUGAAUGCAACAACCAAACUUCGCGAUUACAAUCCGCGUUACAGCCUACAACAAAACCAAAAUAAUCAAAAUCCAAAAGCUAUCUUAUAG